AUCAGCGUAGAUUCACGUAUAUACGUACACUUAUUCUUACCUACAUAAAUAACCAAUUCAUACUGCAUUACACAUUACACCAACUUAAUUAAUCAUCACUACAAGAAUUUUGCUUCGUUUCAGCAUGGCGGAGGAGCGCAACGUUCUAGACCUGCAAAGCCAAAUCCGGGCGUGGCAAGCGACGACGGCGUUGGUCUACACCAUGUCUCUCCACUGCGCCGUCGAGCUCGGCAUCCCCGACAUCGUGGACGAAGCUCCGGCGACGCCCCUCCCCGUCUCCCGCAUCGCCGCCGCGCUCCACUCUACGGGGCCUCCCCCAGACUCCUCCGUGCUCCACCGCCUCAUGCGCUUCCUCGCACACAAGGGCGUCUUCGCCGAGUGCGUAGACCCAACCAGGGGCGAGCCCGCCUACGCGCCGACCCCGAUUUCGCGCUGGUUCUCGCGCCGCUCCGAGCUCAGCCUCGCCUCCGUGGUGCUCCUCCAGAAGUGGGGGUUCCAGGCGAGCCCGUGGCACGACCUUGCGGAGAGAGUGGUGCUGUGCCGUGGCGGCAGCAAACAUGGGAAGCGGGACAUGUGGGAGAUGACGGCGGCGGAGCCCGAGUACUCAGCGGCGUUCAACGCGGCAAUGGUGGGGAUGAGCAGCAUCGCCAUGCGGGCGGUGACGGCGGUGUACAAAGGCGGAGGCUUCGAGGGGAUUCGGACGGUGGUGGACGUCGGGGGAGGGACGGGGGCGGUGCUGAAGGCGAUCACGGAGCUGUGCCCGAGUGUCUGCGGCAUCAACUUCGACCUGCCGCAUGUCGUGGCCGCCGCGCCGGAGUGCCCCCGCGUCGAGCACGUCGGCGGCAGCAUGUUCGACGGGAUCCCUGCGGGCGAUGCUAUCUUUAUGAAGUUGGUACUGCACUGCUUCGACGACGAAGGCUGUCUGAGGAUACUAAAGAACUGCCAGAAGGCACUGCAGCAGAAAUCUGGAAAGCUUAUAAUCGUUGAGGCCGUGUUGGGGGCAGACGAAGACGACUCUCUCGAAGACAUGAAGAAAACAUUCGAUAUGAUGAUGCUCGCGUACACCGGAGGGAAAGAGAGGACCGAAGCGGAAUGGAGGAAGCUCCUUCGCUCAGGCGGCUUUCCGAGAUGCAACAUCAUUCGGCUUCCGUCUUUCCAUUCGAUCAUUGAGGCGUUCGCUGAGUGAUGAUAUACUGAUUGAAGGGGUUGAGAUGUAAUAAAAAAAAAAAAUAAAGUUGAAUAAGAUCUUUUAGAUAAGUUUGUUUCUCCUUCAAGAAGAUGGUAGCUACAUAUGUUAAGGCUCCUAUAUAUUGUUGGUGCAAAUAAGGCUUGGAGUAAUAUUGUAGCAAAACUCUUCUUUCAAUA